GCUCGCUGUGGUGCUGCUGGUUCUCAUCUUUUAUCUUUUUCUUCAUCCGCUUUUGUUUCGUUGACGAAAUUCACCUUCCCCUUCCUUUUUUCACGCCUUUUUUUGUUUUUCUCCCGUUUGGCUGUACGCUGGUUGUACCCAUUUCACUGUCCUUAUAUCCUCUUCCUCACCUGCCUUUCAAAUACGCUAUUUCUUUUUCUCCAUAAUGAAGUUUGCGGCUUUAUCCACUGUCGGUCUGCUUGCAGGCCUCGCCUCUGCCCAUGUUUCCUUCAUCAGCCCCUGCCCUCGCUAUUCGCCCGUGGGCGAGAACUGCCCCGCCCUGCCAGCCGGCCAGUCUCUGGACACCGGUGAUGGUGGAAUCAACGCGCCAUUAUACUCGGUGAAUCUUGGCGGAACCGCCAUGCCGCUGUGCCGUCACACGACUCCCUUUGCAACGCCCUCUGCUACGUGGACUGCCGGCAAGCCUGUUACCAUUAAGUUCAAUCCAAAUGCUGCUAUCCACAGCGGCGGUAACUGCGAGUUCUCGAUUUCUUAUGACAACGGGAAUACGUUUGCUGUGAUUCACCAGGAGCUGCGCUACUGUUUCUUAAACUCCAAGCCCGCAAGCCUGACCAAUACUGCCCAAGUUCUCAGCUACACAUUCAACCUACCCGCCAAUCUUCCAUCCUCUGACAAGGCUGUGUUUGCGUGGUCUUGGGUCAACGCGUCGGGGAACCGUGAGUUCUACAUGAACUGCGCUGAUGUUGCUAUCAAGGGCGGAUCGUCGUCUUCGUACACAGGCAAGCAGAUGACGAUCGCCAAUUACCCAGGCUACCCGACCAUCCCCGAGUUUAACGGCGACUAUGAGACUGGAAUGGAGCACUACACCAAUGCCAAUAAGGUUACCGUGUCGCCUAGCGGCGGGGGAUAUAUCGCUCCCAAGGAUGGGCUGGCUCCCAUCAGCAGCAGCAGUAGCAGCAUUGAUGGUACCGCUGCGUACACUACGGCUCCCGCCCUCUACUCGACGCUCCCAGCACCCACGCCUGUGGACGAGCCUGCAUCUACUGCUCCUGUCUAUGAGUCAGCUCCUAUUGACACUGCCGUUUCAUCUGGAGCUGAUCUCUAUUCGACUGUCGCCUAUAGCAGCACAGCCGCUCCAGUGGGCCACAACGCCGAGGAGGAGACUUCCGACUCGUGCGACAGUGGUGUCUUGCAGUGCUUUGGAAAGGGAUACCGUAUCUGUAUUCGCGGUGCAUGGAGCCCUACGUACUUUUGCAACGGCAAGACCGUGUGCAAGGGCGUUGGCAACAUUUACUGCGGCUGGCCAUGAAGAAAGAUAAUUUCUGAGUUCCCUUUUAGUUAAUAAAUUAUCUGUCUAUUUAUAAA